AGUUCCAAGCUAUUUAUUCCUCCCCAUUCCCUAUAGAUGCAACGAACAUUACUUAGCUUUUUACUCUUUUGCAGAAUAAAACAUGAUAUCCACCAUUACAGCGACAAAGUUGUUAUCAAACAAAUGGUGGUUUCUUGCUUGCAACAUGUGUCACAAAGGUUCAAACGGAGCAGGGGCAAACAUUGUCUGCAAUACUCCAAAUUGCAAAACUACUGGAGCUCGUCCAAGGUACAAAAUCGCUUUUAUGGGUGCUGACAAGAUAGGAGAGGCUGAGUUCGUGUUCUUCGCUACGGUGGCUGAACAACUCAUCGGGAAAAAUGUUGACGCACUCAUUAAUACUGCAUCCCGUAGACCAGACGUUAUUCCUGCUGAGAUCACAACUCUCACUUCUCAGAAAUACACGAUUGGCUUUUCUGUGAAUGAGAAAGGACUCCAGUAUGGGAAGCUUUCCUUCCAAAUCAACACCAUUAAGGAAAUCCAUGGCAAGUCAACUGAGUUUAAGUUUACCAAAAUUUCUCAUCCUGAAGGAAGCACAUCCAAGGAAUCAUCAAGCUCAACCAGUAAUGCCACACCAACUCCUGGAACGCAACACACGGCUGAUGAAAGUGAAGUGACUGAUACUACAGACAUGGAAAAUUCCAAUCCAAAUGGAUCUAAUGAAAAUUCACAGCACUCUGAUGAUACUGGAAAAGAGUCCCUUCCAGCUGAUACACCAGCAACGUCAACACCCCCAAACAUCAUACCAGGUCAUCUGCUGACAAAAAGGAAACUCUCAACCCAAAAAAACUGUUCAAAUAAGUCCAGGCGCUCUACAUCGGAAGACAUUUCCUCAGCUCAGUCCCAAUGGAUCUACACUCCAUGGUGUCUUACUAUUUAGUUACAACCUCGGCUACUACAACCUUGUGACAAUAGCCUGCGUGCUAUUAGUAUCUAUUAAAUAAAAGUUCAUGAC